GAAGUUAAUGAGCAGCAAUGUUGACUCUGCUUUUGCCCCUGAUGCCAACCAAAUUAACUUGAGGGACAACGUUUAUGAUUGUGCAAUGAGAGGCUUGAAGAGAGCCCGCUUUCAUCCGGAGGCAAAAAUAAACAUUGUUUUUAGGGAUGCUGACGGAAAAGGGGCAGCUGAUGAGGGUGGUCCCUCAAGGGAAUUUCUCCGGCUGCUAAUGAGUGCCAUCCAUUCCUCUGCAAUAUUUGAGGGACCUGAUUGGCAUAAAUGCCUUUCUUGCAACUCUCAAGCACUCUAUGAUGUCUUAUACAAGCAGAUGGGCCGCAUGAUUGCUGUCUGUCUGGUACAUGGGGGUGUAGAGCCCCAAAAUAAUUCAGAGAGGCUAUACAGGCAAGUGUGUGGCCUACAAUCUCCUGUGCCAGAACUGAAAGAAAUUGCGGAAUAUGACUUCAGAGAGAAGUUGGAGAAGAUCCAGUUAGCACAAACUGUUGACGAGGCACAAUCGGCGGUCAUGGAAGCCUCCGAACAACUGGUCAUGUUGGGUUCAGUGCGAUACAUUCGUACACUGGAGAGUGAUGACCUGGAGGAGUCAGCCACAAAGUUCUACUUAGAAAGCAGGCUACGGGAUGCUCUUGAACAAUUCAAAGAGGGUCUGGAGUGUUUAGGUCUCCUGCCUUACAAGAAUAGACACUCAAGCCUCUUCAGAGAAGACUGAGAAGCCAAGUCUAGGUCCAAGAGGCUUCUAUACAGCUUCUACCCCCAAGCCGAUGAAGAGUCCACAUGCUGCUGAUGAGAGGAGAACUGUUUGAUCCUUGGACUGAAGUGAACGGGACAGUCACCUCUAUAGACCAGAGGGGACAUCAAAGUAGAGGAAAGCUCCUUCAGUACCAGAGAACCAACAAACACACAGGACCACUGGAGAGACUGGAGGCCUAUUGAAAGAAGUAGUGGAAUAAAAUAGAACAGAAUCGCUGUAUCAGGAUUGCUUACAACCAGUCAGUGGAUAGCAGUGAAUACUUGUCCGUUAUGGACCUUUGAGGUGAGCAAAAGAUGAGGCAGUCCUAAUCAGUUCUGAUAGAAUAGAGGUGAAGUGUUGCUUUUAAGAACAGUACAAGACGGCUCCACUGCACCCGCAAUCUGUCUGGAGCGCAAAGACCUGGACCCAGGCCAACUGAACAUCCAUGGGAAUAUCCUGCCUUGCUUUUCUCUGCUUCAAUGACUCACUCCAGCUGUUAUGGAUUUAAAAUAUCUAUUUAUAUGAUAUUAACCAGAGGAAUUACACGGCCAAUUGACCGUCUAACACUGAGAUUUUCUCUGUGUACUGUACGAGUUUUUUAAUGGAAGACCAA